UUCGUUGCGUACGGUCUUUGUUUGUCCGUAGUCCUCUCUCUCGCGGCUGAUCGAUUUUUCUUAGCAGGAAUAAGAAAAAGUGCACAGCAUUCAAGAAGAGGGAAAAUAGCAAGCAAUCUUUCUAUUUUCCUUUUCCCCUCUUCUACAUGAAGUGUUUUUCGAUUCAGUUUCACCCGCAUGCCCGUUAACAUUCCGUUCGUUUGAAUUGAAAACUUGUUCCGAACCGAUUGUUCUAGAUUAAUUAAAGAAAAAAAGAAAGUCCCAAAUUAAGGCAGCCUCCGAUAAGCUCGUAAUCACUGAAUCCUUAAUUGCCGGUGUGUGUUGCAAAUACACUGCAUCGUCGUCGUUGAUGGACGCUCGCGUACAUAGGUUGGAGUUUUACAAAAGCACCAGUUUUCUUCACGGUUCCUGCGGGAAAGUGGUUGAUUCAAGUGCGGCACGUUGAAAUCGUCGUCGGUUCGUCGAUCCUUCCGGCCUUUGCCAAAAGACUUUCAAACAGGCGAGCAGCUUUACAAAACCAUACAAUCGUAAAAGGUAUCACUUCUGUGCUGUGGGAACAGCAAAGCUAAAGGAAGCAAAGAAAAGCCAAAAGCACCAGUUACAGCAGAGCGCAGUUAUGGCUGAAUCGGAGGACAUAAGUAAUAGUAGUAGUAACAGUAGUAGUAGAGAGGAUAUGCACUUUUUCGAAGGAGUCGAAAAGCUGUUGGAGAUCUGGUUCGCACCGAACCCGGCCAACAAGAACGCCGAUCUGAGAAAGAUUCCCAGGCCGAUGUGGGACGCACUGCUUAAAACGGUGCGAUGCGAAAUCAUCAGUUUCACCAGAAACGACCAGAUCGAUGCUUACGUGCUCAGUGAGAGCAGCAUGUUUGUGUCCAAGCGUCGCUGGAUUCUGAAGACAUGCGGCACUACCACGCCGCUGCAGUGCUUCGAGCCGCUGCUCCGUCUCGCAUCCGAAAUCGCUGGUUACAGCGAGAUCGAGGAUCUGUUCUAUUCGCGCAAGAAUUACAAGCGCCCGGAGCUGCAGGUUUCGCCGCAUCGCGGCUUCGAGGAAGAGGUCGCCUUUCUCGAUUCGUUCUUCGACGACGGACGCGCCUACAGUCUCGGCGCGAUCAAUCGCGACUGCUGGCAUCUCUACACGCUGAGCCGCGGGGGAGGGGGCUCUAACAAGAUACUGAAACGCAACAACCACGUCCACCAGUUGCACCACGACCACGAUGCGCAGAUGAUCGAAGCGUCGAUGCAACCGGAUCCGGAUCAAACCAUCGAGAUCCUCAUGACCGAGCUCGAUCCGAAGGUGAUGGCCAUCUUCACCAAGGACGAGUGCAGCACGGCCAAAGAGGCUACCCAGAAAUCGGGAAUUCACCGACUCAUUCCCGGCAUGAUCAUUGAUGACUAUCUCUUUGAUCCGUGCGGUUAUUCCAUGAACGGCAUUUCCAAGAAUGGAUGUUACAUGACCAUCCACAUUACACCGGAACCGGAGUUCUCGUACGUGAGCUUCGAAAGCAACGUGGCUUCAUCUGACUACGGCGAGUUAAUUGAGCGCGUGAUUCGCACGUUCCACCCGGGAAAGUUCAUCGUGACCGUGUUUGCUAACAAGACAUCGAUGGCCGCUAAUGCAAACCGCGAGAUCGAACAUCUGGGCACCAUCGAUCAGUGGAAGCGUCGCGAUAUCCAGUACUCGCGCUUUGCGAGCUACGACCUUACCUACGCCCAAUACUGCAAAUACCCUAGCUGAGGUUUACCGUGCCUAGCUCCGGUCGGGGCUAACAUUCCCUCCUCCUCUCCCAUCUUCCGUUCCCUUUUCAACCACUCUUCCCUCGGCCCGCCGUCGCCUGAUGCGUCCUCUUGCGACCGGGUUAUAGCUCCCUCUGAGCUACCUUCCCAACUCAAUGUCCCCCAGAAACUUUCGUCUUCUUCGAACCGUUUGCAACAGAAAGAGAAAACGAAGCAGGAUCAACAGCAGGAGCAGCAACAACUUUCAUCCUCCUCCUCGGCUUCCUUUGCCGCGCUUCCACUGUCGAUGGCGUUCGUACAGCUAUUCUUCAACAUCUUCCCGGCCUUGACGGCUUUCGGUGUUGGUAAUGGGGGUGGUGGUGGUGGUGGUGGUCCCGAGCAAAAGUACUUUAAGCUCAGACAGUCACCGAAACGCCAGCAAUCCGAAAAGACCGGAACAUUUUCAACCAAUGAUGCUCACGAGCGGAACGAUACAAAUCAUAGCAACAAUCCUUAUCGUGGCUGUUGUCCAAAGUCCACAGUGCAGGAAAAAUCGACGUUCGGAACAUCGGUGGAAAUGAGUGCACCACCGGCAGUGCCAGAUCAAAUGCAUCAUCCGGAUGGAACCACAGCCGACUAUAACGAGCUACAGUUUUACGGCCAGCUGAAGCAGAUGCUCGAUCUGCCGAUUUUGUUUGCGAUCUGCUUCAUUCAGUUAAUCUCGUUCGUGCUCGUGCUCAACAUCGAAGAGUGCUCCCCGCUGGUUCUCUUUUCCUGGUGGCGUAACAAGAUAUCCUGAAAUUGACUAGCCGCCGCCGCUAGCGCCGGUCGUCGCAGCCUUCAGUUCUGAUUACAACCUUCUUUACCAGCACCAAGAUUACCACCAGCAGGAGCAGCUGCAGCAGCAGCAGCAGCAGCAUCACCAUCUUCAUCUGUACGAUUUGUUUGCUAUGAAGAUUGUUAUUAUUUCCGGAAGAAUAAUAGUGCAAAAGCAGCAGCGGCACCAGGAACAGCAUCAACAUCUUAUUGCUGUAAAAAAUGCACGCUGCUACUUAAAAAUUGUAUGAUGUUUGCCGCCGACCGUCAGUUGCGAAUCUGUAGUGGUGUUUCGUAUAGUGUCGUUAAAGAUGAUUCGCCUAUGCCAUUAUCUCUGUCGUCCUCGGCUGUCCUUCAUUGUUUGAGAAAGGAGUUAAAAAUGAUCCAGCGAGUCGAGGGAAUUUUAUCUUGUUCCAUAUCUACCAAACUGGACGUGCGACCGCUACUCCGAGGACGACAUCGACGACCCGAUCACCGCCACCACCAUAAUCGUAGACGCGUUUGUGCCAGUAAAGAGCGAGGUAUCAGUAGUUCGAUGCGUCUUAAUAUUGCUGGUGUACCACCACGAUCCACCCAAUCACCACCGCCAACCUUAGCGAUAGAGGAAAACUUUGUAGGUGAUUUAAUUUUACCAGCGGCAACAGCGAGCCGACCCCUACUUUCACGAGCUUCCAGAGAAAUCCUGCAGGAUAGUGUCGUAUACCUGCUGCCCCCAGCGCAUCGCGUUAUUUUUGCCUUUCUAAUCUCACUCGAUCUAUACUCGUAGCAUCGACUGAGAACUUUUUGCUGCCGCCGAAACACCAACCUGUGCCACGUGCAGUGCGGAUCCGUCGCGACAGCACUAAGGUAGCAUUUAAUGUGCCCUUUACAAGCACCAGGAAUGUGCUAGCAAAACAAAUGGGUGGAAUUAUUAUUUCCGUUCGCACAAAACGAGAAGAGAAGAUGAUGAAAGUGUUUACCCCUCGUACUUUACCGUAUAAUUUCUCAUAGUUUAUAAUAUAUGCUGCAAUUAUCGUCAUUCCCUCUUUCUCAUUCUGAAGAUGAAAUUCAUUCUUCGCUGUACUCCAGAAUACAGAAGAUAGUGAAAGUGGACAGAAAAGAUGCAUGCAGUUGUACUGGGCGUAAUUUCCCUUCUUUUCCCGUCUCAUGAUUAUCCAUAAGCAAUGAACACACAAACUAAUAUAUGGUAUUCUCACUAAAGAUGAAUCAUAUAAAACUGGAAGAUCAAGUAUGGAACGUAACCUAUAGUUCCAAGCAAAUCAUAAAAUAUUACACAGAUAUAUAAUACAGAUUUCAAAUUAUCGCAUUCAAAAUAGCAUUAACUUACAAAAAAAAAAAAAUAAGUAAAAAACGUGUUAGAAACACUAGCAAAAAAAAGAAUCUUAAUAAAUAAACAAGCUAGCAGAAAAGUUGUCAUAGGA